AUGUCAGGCAGUGGCGUGGAACGUUCAAAUUUUCGUGGGAACAGACCUUUGUCGUCCAAUCCUCCCCAUUCCAUAUGUGUGACGGAUAGGAAAGUUGUGUCAUUUACACAUUUAUGGACAAUUGAUCAUUUUCAAUCGUAUCUUGAUGAUCCGCAAUCACCUCGUGUUCUUUUCAGUUCUUAUUUUUCUCCAAAUUUCGGUCCACAUACUGAUACAAGCUGGUGCUUGAAACUCUAUCCAAAAGGUGUUAAUGAAAAAUCCGUUGAAUACAUUAGUCUGUUUGUCAAAUACGUUCGUGGCCGUACGGAUCUACAAGCCAAAGCUGAAUUUUCUCUGAUCAACAGCCGUGGAGAAUUUCAUAUCGUUCGUAAAACUCCCUAUCACAUCUUUCCAACAGGCGGUGAUUGGGGCUAUUCGGAAUAUCUCAUGCGAAUGGUGUUGACCACUCAACGAAAAUCUGAAUUACUCAAUGCUGAUCAAAGUUUGAAAAUUUUUACGCGGGUGAUAAUUGUCGGUGAAUCAUCCUCGUCGAUAAUUCAUGAAGAGAAGAAGAACACUUAUGAAAGUCUGGUCUCUCUAUCAUCACAUUUAGGUUCGUUAUUAACUUCAACGAAAGACAACUGUCAUGAUGUGACCAUUAUCGUUCGGCCACAACAUUUCAAUAGUUUAGUCUACGAACACAAAUCACACGACACACCCUCGUCAUCGUCAGCGUCUUCAUCACCUAUCGAUGGAGCCAAAUCGUCGUCGAAAAAGGCGAACAGCAAUAAUAGUAGUAGUUCUAGUAUAGGAAAUAAUCGAACAAAACGUAAACGAUAUAGUACAAACUCAGGUGGAAGUAAUGGUGCUGGUGAAUCAUCUGGUGAAACAAAUAAUGAUGAAACAACAUCUACAGCAUUAGCUAUUCCGUCAACACCAACAACAAUGACAUUCUACGCUCAUCGGAGUAUAUUGAGUGUUCGUAGUCCAGUGUUCGCUGCGAUGUUUUCUCAUUCAAUGCUUGAAGAUCAAAAUUCGACCAUUGAAAUAACUGAUUUACAGCCCGAGACAGUUCGUGCUUUGCUCGAAUACAUCUAUACAUCGAAUGUCGAAGAGAUCGAUGAACACAAUGCUGUAGAAAUCUUUAAAGCUGCUGAUAAAUACGAAUUAGAAUUGUUGAAACAACGUGCGGAAUUAAUCAUGAUGAAUUCUUUAUCCGUUUCGAAUUGUACCAUGCUCUACAUAGUUGCCGAUUUACACAAUGCACACGAAUUGAAAAAGCGUGUUUUGAAUUUCAUUAUGCGCAAUAUCCUCGAAGUGACAGAAAGUGACGAUUGGCGAAUCUUAGUUGAACAACAUCCAGCAUUAGCGACCGAAGCAUUCGUCUAUUCAGCUGAACAUGCUGCAUCAUGUGCUUGUUCAUCCUAA